AUGACCAUAGAAGAAAUUCAACGAAAUGAAUUGGAUUCUGUCGAAGAAAUAAGAGAAUUCAAAACUAAGCUUCAAAUACAGUUUGAAUAUGUAGAAGAACCUUUUUCUGAAACUCGCAGUGUCCAUUUAAAAGCCAUUACUAAAGACUCAAUAGAAGAACAAAUGGAGGACUUCCGAGAAAAAUACAGCGUUAACAUUGAGAAGUUAACAGAUAAAUUGAAAAGGUGCACGCCAACACAAGCUGUGUCAUCUACUAUGAAACUACAGGAGAUUAAGAUUCCGAUAUUUUAUGGCGAGAUGAAUCAAUGGUCAUCAUUUAGCGAUCUUUUCCAAGGUUUGGUGCAUAAUUCGAAGCAUUUUACUGAAGUAGAAAAGAUGUUCCGGCUGAAGUCGUCAUUAGGAGGAGAAGCUGGAAGAUUAAUUCAGCAUUUACCGGUAACUGAAUACAACAAUGAAGCCGCUUGGCAAAUCCUCCAGGAAAGAUAUGAAAACAAAAGGCUGCAAUUCACAACACAAGUGGACAGACUUUUUGAUCAACAGCAAAUGGGGAAAGUGCGGCAAGCAUGA